CUUUAGACUCUUUUGAAAUUGUUAGAGUUUCUGUCAGUAAAGGGGUCGCUAAAACCUCUCAUCACAUGAAUGACCCAUCAUUCAAAUUCAACCGAGUCAAAUUCCUUACUUGUAUACUGUCAACAUGGUUUUGUCUCGCUCUAAUUGCUACUCAACUACCAUUUGACGAGGACAUUUCAAUCGAAAGCCUAUUUAGCAAAUUUCUCUCGCUGUUGGGGUCAGUAGCUGGACAUUUCGGUGAAAAUAUUUGAGAAUUAAUGGAUAAUCAGGCUUCUGGUCAAAAUCACAUGGAAAUUGCAUCGACUGUGAGAGAUAUUCCAGAUGUUUGGAUAAACAGUGUGUAGUUUUCUAUUUACAUAGUUUUAAUGACAAUUCUAUGAACGGGGUUCCUGAAGCUUCUUGAUGCGUAAACAUCAAGUUCGAUGACAAAAUGGAAUUGCAGUCGGACGAUUCGUUUGCCGAUCCAACAUUUUCUCAAAACAAGCAAACAAGCAAGCCAAGCACAUCCAUGUUUUCUCGUUGUAGUAUUCAGUUAGCCAUUAAGAUAAUAUUAGUGGUAUUGGUAAUAAUUGUUGCUUUUGUGGGAGGAUAUUUAGUACGAAGAGCAGUCCAAGACGCCAGUGCAGUUAAAAUUCAGUAUCGACCACGCAAACCUCCGUCACUGAAUGAGGCUGUUUUAGAUGAGAUGCUUGCGGAGGUGUCGGCGAAGAACAUUAAGAACAAUUUGAGAUACUUCACGUUGAAGCCACACAUAGCUGCAUCGCCAAGGAACCUCGAACUCGCUUACAACAUUAGCAAUACAUGGAAGAGUUAUGGAUUUGACUCGGUGAAAAUUGUAAAAUACAAUGUUCUUCUGUCUUUCCCAAUUCGCAAUAAGACAAAUGGAGCGUUUAUUCUCAAUGAUCAAGGGGAUGUUAAAUUCAGAACACCUGAAAAGAUCAAGACAGUUGAAGACGGUGAAAUAUCACCAGAUGCUGUACCUCCUUUCAGCGCAUACUCACCAACCGGGAAUGCAACAGGCGAUAUCGUUUAUGCUAACUACGGCAGUCGAGAUGACUUUGCGUACUUGGAGGCUAAACGCAUCAACGUUACAGACAAGAUCGUGAUUGUACGAUAUGGACGUGUGUUUAGAGGAGAUAAAGUGACGAAUGCAGCAAAGUAUGGCGCCAAGGCUAUCCUUAUCUUUAAUGAUCCACAAGACUUUGCCCCAGUCCCUGACGACCAAGUUUACCCUAAAAGCUGGUGGCUACCGAGGUCUGGAGUCCAGCGAGGAUCUGUGUUGCUAGGGACUGGUGACCCACUGACCCCACGCUACCCAGCUAAAGAUGGUGUUUACAGAAGUAAAUCCGGAGAAAUAAAAUUUCCGCAAAUACCCGCGCAUCCUAUAUCAGCUGAAGAUGCUAAGCAAUUUUUAAGUAAAAUGAAAGGUGAAACGGCACCAAGUGACUGGCAAGGUGGAAUUAAUGUCACCUAUAGGUUAGGACCUGGGUUUGACGUACCAUACACUAACUGGAGCGUUAAAGUUGAGACAAAUAACGAUCAUGUUCGUAAGGAUAUUCAUAAUGUCAUUGCAGUGGUUAAAGGCAGAGAGGAUCCAGAUAGGCUGGUAUUGCUUGGUAAUCAUCGUGAUGCCUGGGUGUUCGGUGGUAUAGACCCGUCUAGUGGUACGUCGUGUAUGAUGGAGUUGUCACGUGUUUUGAGUGUGAAAGUCAAAGCAGGCUGGCGACCCCGUCGAAGUAUCGUUCUUGCAAGCUGGGGAGGUGAAGAAUAUGGUUUGCUGGGGUCAACAGAGUGGGUUGAGGAUAAUCUGCAUACAUUGUAUCAAAGAGCUGUUGCAUAUGUCAAUGUUGACUCGCCGAUACGUGGUAAUUACACCUUAUUUGCUUGGUCCAGUCCACUAUUACAUAAAGUGAUUUUCACUGCAGCGAGUAAGGUUGCUGAUCCAGUAGAAAAGGACCGGUCUGUUUAUGACUUGUGGCUGGAAAGAUCUCCAUCGGCAUCGGGAAAGACACCGAAAAUUCACCCACUAGGGUCGGGAAGUGACUAUGCGCCAUUCUUUCUUCGUACUGGGGUUCCCUCUAUUGACCUGAGAUAUAUGUUUGACAAGAAAAAGAUGUACAAUGUGUCUACCUAUCCAGCAUAUCAUACCCUCCAAGAUACCUUCAACUACGUCACACAAUUUGUUGAUCCAUUCUUUGCUACUCACCUAGCCACAACUAAGAUCUGGUUGUCGUCAGUAUAUUUACUGGCUGAAAGUCCCAUCAUACCAUUCAGUCUCGAAGAGUACGUAAAAGUAAUCAAUACUUCAGCCAUCAAUUUAAAACAAAAAUAUGGAAAACAACUAGAWCWGCAAUCAAUUUCGUUAGAUUUCUUAUUUAAAGCAAUAACUAAAUUUGCCAAAGGUGUURCAACCAUUCAGAACAUGAUUGAUAAUUACAACGUUAACAAAACCGAGAUAAUGCUUCGAACUAUCAACGAUAGACUUCAAGGUGUGGAAAAGACGUUUCUAAACUACGAGGGAUUGCCUGAAAGACCUUUGUAYUGGCACAGCAUCUUCGCUCCAAGUAUCUUCAAUUCGUAUAAAAGCGCSACUUUCCCUGGCCUGAGUGACGCCUUGAUCCUUGCAACGAAGAGUGGGGAAUGGGAACUAGUAAAAAAGCAGAUAUCUAGUGUUGGCGUUGCUAUUGAGUGGGCUGCUCAAUUCAUGGAAAACAUUUUAUAGUGCGCACACACUUUAAGGUCAUUGUAUUCGAAGCUUAAUAGACACAAACCAUUACCAAUGAACUCUCUGAACAGGGAGAACUUGUUGCCUUACCUCACAAACAUGCAAACAUCACAAAAGUAUAAUUCUCGCACCAGAUAUUAGGUAUGGCCACGAUCUACGUGAUUUAUUCUUAAUCCAGUUUUAGGUUUAAACAAAUAACAUUUAUGGAUUCAGGUUCUAACAAACAUCUGAUAACGUUUAA